UACUAUAAAGGAGAACCCUUUCACUACUCCACAUGUUAGUAGAGUGAUAACACAAGUUUGUGCACUGUGUUUACUAGUUGUGUUUUGGGGAUUACCAUGAAAUUGUCACCUGACUUCACCUUUCCCCUCAUCGUCUUGAUGACUUGCGUUGAGCUUUUCACCUUCGUCACAGCCCGUCCCACUUACUUACCGCAAGGAAAAAAGGGACUGCAGAUACUGUAUCAAGAUAUGCGGACGCUGCUAAACGUGGUAUCUCAUGAAAGGCUUAGGAACGAGAAAGACUUUGAACAAUCACUUACAUCUCUGCCCACGCUGAAUUACAAAGCACAAGAUUUGAAAUCACUCGAGAUGAGCAGUACAUUAGAACAUCUGUACUCCGGUCUUAAAUCCUUCAAGUUCCAUCUUGACUGGAUUCAGCAGAAACAAGAAGAAAUGGGGAAUGAUUAUUCUAAGACAAAGAAACUUGCUGAUCGUAUACAAAUCAUCAGCCACAUGGUGCUCAUACAGAUUGGGACGACACCACCUGAGCUGGUCUACCCUUCCUUGUCACCUUUGAACACAGCCUGGAACUUGUACCAGGCCAAUGCGGAGAUCAUUGACAAACUGUACUUCUUUUGCAACUGGUACAUUAGAGCACUGGGAGUCCUGAAAAACGGACAACACUGAUCAUACAGCAUCAUAUGACACCAGUAGCCCUCAGCUUAUCUCCAUGAUGCCUAACUUGCCUUAAUGUUUAAUAGGAUGCAAUGAACGUUCCAGCCUCUGUCAUAAGUCAUCCUCCAUUUAACAGUGUUCCCCUAAUUAGUUUUUCCUAUGUUGUGUUUAUUUUAUAUUUAAGUUAUGUAUUUAAUAUUUAUUGAGCAGUUCUUUGUUUACAAUGAAGGAUUUUUUUAUACAUAUCACUGAAUGAGAUAAAAUAGCACUUUAUAAAAAUAUUAAGUGUGUAAAGAAAUUUGUAUGCAAAAAUCAGCUGCAGGCAGUUGCUAAUAAUGACCAAUAGGUGUUGCUUAAAAACCGUUUACUGUGGUUAAUGUGAUACAUAAUUAAAUGCAGUUCAGGAUCACCACUCUUUUAUUUAUUUAUAUCUAUUUUUAAGUCAGGCGUUUCACAAAGUACUGAAUCGACAUCCUUGCUGAACAACAUAACUAUCUUCCAUUCAAAUGUUACGGUUAAAGUUAAACUUUGGAUACGGUUGGCAUUUAAAGCAACUGUAUGCAGUUUUUUUUUAAAACUUAAUUUUAAACAAAGUGAAUGGCUUUUGUUUCUUUCUCAUACUUCCUACAAACGUCUGUUCCGCUUGUCUGUAAGUGGUGAGCAGGUACGAAAUUCUGCGAAAAUGCAGAUUGCUUUACGGCAACAACAAAUGUACGCUAUGUGUACAGCAGUCAACUGUAAUUACGACAGUGGUAUAUUUAGCACAGCUAAAUCUACUCUUUUAACUAUAGGGGGCUCCAAGAUUGCAAAAAUACACAAAACUACAUGCAGUUGCUUUAAUGAUUAGGGGUUAAGCCUAUGUUUAAAAAAUGUUAUGUUUGAAGCCUAUGUUGUAAGGUAUUUUUAACAGUGAAUGAUGUUGAUCCACAGCCUAUUUGGCAAAUAGGAUAAUAAAUAAAUGAUAAAACUGGGCAUUCAACACAAAACAAAUUCCAAGUUUCAUUAGGGCUAAUGGAUGCUGUUGCUGCUGCACCAUGGGCUUUUCUGUGAACAUAUUGAAAAUACAGUAGCUUGAAAUGCAUGUACUGCCUUUAGAUUGUAUUUAUUCCAUGGUUAUGUGUUUAGUCUAAGUAAAAGGCACUGUAUUGCAGAAAUGUACUGAAAAAGAGGCCUUACCUUACUUCAAAAAUGACUUUGAGAUUGUUCAUGAUUCAUCAGACUACUUGCAGACAAAUGCUGAAGACAUUUAGUAGUGUUCAUAUUAUGAGAAUUAUUUGGUAAAAUCAACCAGGUGAAGGGAACAACAAAAAAAAAAAACUCUUUGCAAGCCCCUUUGGAUGGAUUUAGAUGCUUUGGUAUUGUCCUGGAUGUUGUU